CCACAGUAACUCACGCGCAGAAGAGAAGAAAACCGUUUGGGCUUUCCCUCUCGUCAAAAGAAAGCGUCAUCGCCGACUCCUACACUCUCACUCCCGAGUCCCGAUCGAGGUAAACCCGGACCCCUCGUGUCGUCUCCUUCUCUAUCCCCCUUCCGUUCGAUAUUUCGAUCACGUCUCGCAUCCAAUCCCUUGGAUCCCAGCAACUUUCAACGGAUUUAUCUCAGAUUUAGGGUUUCUUGCCCCCAAAACCCUAACCCCAAAUCCCUCCUUCGAGAAAACAAGAAACCCUAGAAUUGUCUCUCCGCCCAUUUCCGUGGGCUACUUACAUGCAUGGCGUCUGGGCCUCUGGUUGGGGGCGGCGCCGGCGGUGACGGCUCGUGGGAAAAGCAGCGAUGGGCGGAGAGCAACAAGGUCUACACACGGAAAUCCCACAAGAAGACCCCCAAGCCCACAUCCAAUCCCCGGCCCCCACCCUCCUCCGACCAAGCCCCCACCGCCGCCGCAGCAGCCGACGCCGCCGCCAGCUCUGUCCGCCACCCGCCCCCGCUGCAGCCCCCUGCCCCCUCCUCCGUGGCCUCCGACGAUGACGCUUCCAGCCUUAACCGCCCCCAGCUCCCCGAUGGUGCUCAGCGGAGUCAGCACAACUGCCACAGCCGUAGUGUCACCAUCAGACUCGCCUCCCGUUCUCGGCAGGAGAUCCGGGAGCUCCGCCGCAAACUCACCGCCGAGCUGGACCAGAUCCGUUCACUCUCCCGGAAGAUUGAGGUCCAUGAGGUCCAGCUUGCCUCUGCUGCCGCCGCAGCUUCCUCUGCUCCGGCUGCCGGGUACACCCACUCCCAGCUCUCAGUGACUGACCCAAAGACCCCUAUCUCUAGCAAGACCCCCGGUUCGGCUCCGUUCCGCCGCCAGCUCAGUGUCUCUGUUGCCACCGAUAACAAUCCUAGCGAGGGCGUGGAGAAGGAGAAGCGGACGCCUAAGGCCAACCAGUAUUAUCGGAACUCUGACUUUGUCCUCGGGAAAGAGAAAUUUCCACCAGAGCCUCAUGCCCACAAGAAAUCCAAGGCUAAUGGCGGCAAGAAGCAUAGUUUGGGGGAGCUGGACUACGGCGCUCAAGCUGCUGAAAGUAAGCUGUAUACCCAGGCCUUCAAGAGCUGUGCGGCGCUGCUUUCGAAACUGAUGAAGCACAAGCAUGGGUGGGUCUUCAACAGCCCGGUUGAUGCGAAGGCCCUCGGUCUCCAUGACUACUUCAGCAUCAUCAAACGCCCGAUGGACCUUGGCACCGUUAAGUCCCGUCUCAGCAAGAACUGGUACAAGUCCCCCCGGGAGUUCGCCGAGGAUGUUAGACUCACCUUCCGCAACGCCAUGACGUACAAUCCCGAGGGUCAGGAUGUUCACAUCAUGGCCAAGCAGAUAUCCCAGAUAUUUGAGGAGCGGUGGCCUGCCAUCGAAGCUGAGUUUGCCUACCUUUCCCAGCCACCUGCACCCAAGAAGCCUCCACCGCUUGACACGAGGAUUCUGGAGAGGUCGGAUUCUACCAUUUGCCCCGUGGCAGUAGAUUCGAAGACGAAGCCGGUGAAUUAUGCCCCGCAUGUUGGCCGACCACCUGCCUUGAAGAAGCCGAAGGCAAAGGAUCCACACAAGAGGGAUAUGACAUUUGAAGAGAAGCAGAGGCUGAGCAAUAACCUACAAAAUCUUCCACCACAGAAGCUAGAGAUCAUAGUGCAGAUAAUUAGGAAGAGGAAUUCGUCUGUCAACCAGCAUGAUGAUGAAAUUGAAGUGGAUAUAGAUAGCGUGGAUGUGGAGACACUCUGGGAGCUUGAUAGAUUCGUGACCAAUUACAAAAAGAGUUUGAGCAAGAACAAGAGGAAGGCGGAGCUUGCAGUUCUAGCUAGGCGAGUGCCUGAGCAUAAUACCAGGGAAAUGGUGCAUGAAGGGGUUCCAGAGCCUAUCAUAGUGGAAAUGCCCGACAAAAGUAAGACAGUAGUGGCGGAUGAGAAGUAUGUCGCUACUUCAUCACCAGCUGGAGAAGAAAAGAAGGGGGACAAUGCUAGUAGAUCUAGUAGUUCAAGCAGCUCUAGCAGUGAUUCAGGAUCCUCUUCCAGUGAUUCUGACAGUGAAAGUUCUUCAGCGUAUGGGUCGGAAGCGGCACAUUCACCUAGAACAUGAACAGAUCCUGUGCAGGAGGGGGAAUGGGGAGAGGUGGGCCGUGUGCAUGUACUUGAGUUCGUCUGCGGUUGGUACAUGGGUGUAUGUUGUAUAUGUUCCCAUGCAGUUGCCUGUGGGUAGUGGUGUGCAUGAGUGAAUGGGCUUGAAGUAUGUGAGUUGCUGUUAGUAAUUGCAAUGGAUGUCUGUCUGUGCAUCUUUUGCCAAUUUCAUUUUGUGCCAAUUUUAUCACUGGAAUAUAGUUUUGUAGAAGAUAAAACCUGAUAAAUUAGGUUCUGUUGUUGAUCAUAUUGAUUGGAAGUGUUGGAAUUCAAGUUCUCAAAGAGGGAAUAGAUUUAUUAAUCAGAUUUUGCCAUUUUACUGCUGCUUUAUAUUAUAACCCUAGCCUAUAUAUUAAAUUGAUAGAUCGGCCUGUUUCCUUGCACUACACCAUAGUUAUCUAGUGCGUGCCAUCUGUAUGCAGGCUUGGCACUGGCACAGCACAUGUUAUGCCGGUGCUUGGCUUGCGGUACAUACUGGCUGGAAUGGCAGCAAGUAUCAUCAUGCAUCUGGUAUCGUACUAGUGUUGGUGAGGCAUUGAUGCAGUGCAUAUCGUGUAUAUCAUGCUAACUUGCAGUUAGACUCAUGUGGGGCACUCUUUUAUGCUGGCUUCUUGGAAUUUGAGUAUCUCAAAACUGUAUGUUCUUCAUUAAUUUUGAGUUUUUCUGAUGGUUGGAUUGAAUGGUAAUGUUAGAUCAGAUUGGCAUGCUCUUUCUAGGUGAAUUAGUGUUUGAGGAAACAAUCUCUUUUCAUUAUUCUAGAUAUUUGAAGAAUGCUCAUGGAUAUUUUAUUUUUCGGUUAAAAUUAAUUUGGUUGGCUGAUUCAAAACAUAGUUUUUGCAAAUAAUUUUUUUAGACAUGUACUUAUUGUAGGAGGAUAUUGUAUGAUUAUGUCCAAAUUGUGUCAUUUGAGGCAUUAGUCAAGUUUACUGCAUUACAUGUAUUUUAAGUGAAAUAAAUCAAGCUUGAGACUUUGAAAAAAGCGUUAUGUUUAUUCUAUUUUUGUACUCUUUGUUCUUGGUCAGAAUUGUUUGGUCAGAUAUGGGAAAUAGGGUCAUCUUAGUUCGAUUUUGGGUGUUGGAAGGACAUUUUUCUGUGACUUGGGGUUUUCAGUCUGGUUGGGGAUUUUUUUUUUUUUUUUUUGGGGUGGGUUUGUGGAGGUGUUAGAUGAUGGUAUUGGAGGUUCAAAACUUAAGUAAUAUGAUAUCAAUUAUCCAGUUGUAUUAGAUUGGUGGAGUGGGCAUUGCUUUGGAAAAACAUUACAGUCUUAACUGUGUGAUCCUAUUGAAUAAUUUGCAUCAUUAUAUUCUUUAUGUAAUCAUGUAUCAUGUUUGUUUCCCUGAUCUUGUGUUUACAGAUAGCUACAUUUUGUUUUUGCCGUCUUAGUAGUUUGUUGCCUUGCGGAACCCUCUUAAAGGAGGUAUUGGCAAAGUUGAUCUGGGUAAUUGCAUGUUUGUGAAGGGUAGUUGUGGCUUCUAACAAUAAGAAAUAUGUGAUUUUCUGCUUGGUUGAUUGGGAUGAAUCUAGUGUAGGGAUCUCAGUGUUUUUAUUUCUCAAGAGCAGGUAAGCCA